CUCCGUCCCCCACCUCUCUCUCUCUCUCUUUCUCUCUCUCUCUCUCUCUCUCUCUCUCUCUCUCGCUCUCUCUCUCGUGAUGGACACUCAGAAGGAAGCUCUGUCCAGGAUCAUCUGCACUCUAGCCAAUAAGAAUGAGGAGCUGCAAAACUUCCUGGACACAGUUGACAACACGCUGACAGGACUACAGGAGGAAUCAUGUAAGGUAUUGUCUGAGCUGGAGGCGGAGCUUGAACAGCUCAGUUCUGCUCUAGACUGGAAGGGGGCGGAGCUUCGUGGAAUUAUUAAAGAGGAAAAGCAAAGGAAAGAGGCAGAGCUUCAGAAGCAGCUGUCGGAGGGCAAGUUCGCUCUGUUGUCUUGUGAAGAACUUCUUGAGUUUGCAAAUCAAACUCUGAACAUCAGUGACGAAGAAGAAUUCCUGAAGGCUGCGAAACAGAUCAAAGAAAGGGUUACAAUGGCCCCAGCCUUUCGGCUAACGACUCGACCGGCCGUGUCUGAGAACAUGGCACAGUUUACAGUUGACUUCAGCACAGAGAGGUUGGGGCUUCAGCGGCUUCAUUUCCUGCCAGUUCCAAGAGCUCCAGAGAUCGACGUCGCCAACUGUGUUGUCUGUGACAACACCAUCUCUGUUGCCUGGCAACCGGCUGGGGAUGCUGACAGCGACAGUGGAAGAAUUGAACGCUAUGAAGUCGAAUACCGAAAAACAAACCGCGACUCCUCGCUGAGAGCAGCAGGAGAGGCAUGCUGGGAAAAAAUCCAUGACAUCAGAGAGACAAAGGUCACGAUCUCAGGUCUGAAGUUUGACUCCUACUUUGUUGUUGUUCGAGUUCGAGCAAAAAACAAGACUGCUGCUGGCGAGUUCUCAGAGCCGGUUGCCAUAGAAACCAGAGCAUAUAAUUUUGGCUUUGAUGCAGCGACGGCUCACGCUGAGCUGAAGAUCACAGGUGAUACUGUAACCUGGGAGCCACAGGGGGUCAAGGGUCAUGACCCCCGCCUGAGAAGCAAAGACAAUAAAAACAGCAGCAGAAGCGCGACACCUUCGCCCAAUAAGACGACAGGAGGUCGAGGAGGACGCGACCGAUUUGCCGGAGAGUCGUACACAGUGCUGGGUGACCUUGAGAUGACAGGCGGCCUUCACUACUGGGAGCUCCGCCCCCUGGCUGACUGGAAAUCAUUCAGUGUGGGCGUGGCCUAUAGGCUAAGCCUGGGCCGAUACGACCAAUUAGGAAAGAGUGCUGGUUCGUGGUGUCUCCAUGCCAGCCAAUGGCUGCAGAGCUCUCUCGCUGCAAAGCACAACAACCGAGCCAAGGCGCUUGAUUGGCCGCUGCCUCAACGAAUCGGAAUCUACUGUGACUAUGAUAAUGGUGAGCUAGCAUUCGUUGACGUCGACCGACUUCAGCUUCUUCACUCCUUCAAAACAAGGUUUAGCCAGCCGCUUGUCCCCGCCUUCACCGUCUGGUGUGGUGGCAUCACCGUGGUCACAGGCAUGCAGGUUCCGAGCUUCAUGGGUAAUUUUCUUUCCACCAAUCGGAGCCUCAGUAAUCUUUCACAGUAAAACAAAGUUUCCCAAUCAAAUUAAUUUAAUUCUUACAAUCUUAUAAUUUAUUUAUUUAAUUUAU